AUGACGUCGUCACAGCCCAAGCCGUUGCCGUUCUACGCGCAGUUCACCGCCGGUGCGAUCGCGGGAGUCACCGAGCUCCUCUGCCUCUACCCGCUCGAUGUGGUCAAGACACGCAUGCAGUUGCAGGGCAAGGCGGUCGCCGGGGCUGCUGCGGGUGAACACUACAAUGGAAUGGUCGACGCUUUCCGCAAGAUCAUCGCCACCGAGGGUGCGGGUCGAUUGUACCGAGGCCUGGUGCCGCCUCUGAUGCUCGAGGCGCCCAAGCGAGCCGUCAAGUUUGCAGCCAACGAUUUUUGGGGUAAGACAUACCGCUCGCUCACAGGCCAGGACAAGAUGACGCAGUCGCUCUCGGUCCUCACCGGUUGCUCGGCCGGAGCGACCGAGUCUGUCGUCGUCGUUCCCUUCGAGCUCGUCAAGAUCCGAUUGCAAGACAAAGCCCAAGCACACCUCUACACGGGCCCCAUGGACGUCGUCUCCAAGAUCAUCAAGGCCGACGGUCUGCUCGGACUCUACGCCGGCCUGGAAUCCACAUUCUGGAGACACGUGCUCUGGAACGGCGGUUACUUUAGCGUCAUCCACGCCCUCCGCGCCCAGAUGCCCAAAGCACAGAGCAAGCCCGAACAGCUCCGGAACGACUUUGUCGCCGGUGCCGUCGGCGGAUUCGUCGGAACCGUCCUCAACACUCCCGCGGACGUGGUCAAGAGCAGGAUCCAGAACACGCCCAACGUCAAGGGCGUGCCGAGAAAGUACAACUGGACCUUCCCCAGCAUGGCCCUCAUUGCCAAGGAGGAGGGCUUCGGCGCGCUCUACAAGGGUUUCACGCCCAAGGUGUUGAGACUGGCUCCCGGUGGUGGUGUGUUGCUGUUGGUGGUCGAGGUGGUGCUGCAGCAGUUCAGGUCGGUGAUGGGCCCUCCUUACAUUUGA